AAUGAAAUCCCAGGGAGACGGAAUUAGUAAUUCUGUGGUGACAAGGCUCAAGAUGACGGCGGGUCGCCUUUCGGGAGUAGGUAGCAGCCACAUCGCAUCACCGCUCGCUGAAGAAAACCCAGCACGAUAAGAUAAUCAGGACAGGUGACCUCGCCCGUGAUUCCACUAUCAAUCUUUUUCUCUAGCCAAUUGGCUGGACUAGCGCAUCGCGAGUUGUUCGCCCGGACAAACGCCCGUUCGCCUACGAUGAAGCUCGCCGUUUUCAGUGCAAAGCCCUACGAUAUCGAAUACCUGGGUGGCAUCGCUACUAAGCAAAACUCCUCGCCUGCAAUUGAGAUCAACUUCCUGCACGUCCCGCUCUCCAGCGAGACGGCCGCGUUCGCGAACGGCGCUGAUGCCGUCUGCGUCUUCGUUCACGAUGUGCUUGACGCCAACGUCCUCCGCGAACUAUACGCCGCCGGCGUGCGCGCCAUUCUCUUCCGCUGCUCAGGGUACAACAAUAUUGACCUAAGGGAGGCCGAGCGCUUAGGCUUUUUCGUCGCCAACGUCCCUUCGUACUCGCCGGAGGCAGUCGCCGAGUUCGCAGUCGCGCUCAUCCAAACACUUAACCGGAAGACGCACCGGGCAUACAACCGCGUGCGGGACGGCAAUUUCAACCUCGACGGCCUACUCGGACGAACACUACACGGCAAGACAGUCGGCAUUGUGGGGUCAGGCCGGAUCGGACUCGCCAUGGCGCAGAUCGUGCAGGGCUUCGGAUGCAAGCUGCUGGCAUACGAUCCUCGGCCUACAGAAGCCUUCAAGAAGUACGGCGAAUACGUGGAUCUCGAUACGCUGCUGUCACAAUGCGACAUUGUAAGCUUACACUGCCCGCUGAUGGACUCGACGCAGCACAUCAUCAACGACACAACAGUCAGCAAAAUGAAGCGCGGCGCGAUGCUCGUCAACACGUCGCGUGGCGGGCUGGUCGACACGCAGAGCGUGAUGAAGGCGCUGAAGAGCAAGCGUCUGGGCGGGCUAGCCCUCGACGUUUACGAGGGCGAGCACGCGCUCUUCUACAAAGACCAUUCGGGUGACAUCAUCCAUGACGAUUUGCUCAUGCGCCUCACCACGUUUCACAACGUCGUUGUGUCUGGCCACCAGGCGUACUUCACUGAAGAGGCACUCACGGAAAUUGCGGAGUGCACGCUGAGGAAUCUGGAUAAUUGGGCGAAGGGUGUGCCAACGGCGAAUGCGCUGGUGCAGGGCGGGAAUUCGAAUGGGAGGAGGGAGCGGGGGUUGGCGCGGCUCUGA